CAUCGAUAUGUCGCGUUUCUCAUGUUGCCCUUGACUCCUUCCAUAAAAUUACUGUUUUUAAAAAGUUUUCUUUUAUUAUAGAGAACAUUUUAUUACAUGGAGUAUAUUCAAUUGUUAUAAGUGUUUUUUAAUGUGAUAUGAGUGUGUUAAGUUGUGGUGAAGUGUAAAAUUCGUGUAGCGUCACCUGACUGGACUCAUUGUCAUUUCCCGCCAUUGUGGCUUUGCUAAAACUAAUUUCGAUUUUUCAUAACAAAUCAAAAAUCAUUUAGAUGUGGAUUUAAUUAUUUGCGUUGUUUUGUGCCUGAGUAAUGUCAUUACACGGUAAUGACGUUUGUUUACUAGAAAUAGAAGACUACAACUUGUACGAAGAAGAAGCAUCUGAUCACGCUAAUUCAAGAGGGGACAAAUUGACAACAGGAACCAAAACUAUGGAAGCAGAGAAGCGAAUUCGGCGAGAAAUUGCUAACAGCAAUGAAAGAAGACGAAUGCAGAGUAUCAAUGCAGGCUUCCAAGCUUUGCGCACCCUACUGCCGCGUCAUGAAGGAGAAAAACUUAGUAAAGCUGCCAUACUGCAACAAACAGCAGAAUAUAUCUACUCACUAGAACAGGAAAAAACAAGACUUUUAUCUCAGAAUUGUCAACUGAAGAGGUUGCUGAAUCAACAUGAGGGAGGAGACAUACCCCUUAAGAAAAGAAAAAGUGAAAUCAUCACUCAUGUUCCCUCCAUUAUUCCCGAUUCUACUGAUGAUACUGUAACAAACUCAAGGUCUCCAGAACCUGUACCAGUUAUAACAGUCUCAGGAGUCACACAGAAGAAGGAUUGUGAAAAUGGAGAACUACGGGCGCAGCUUGAACGUGAGAGGCAAAUGCGCCGCUUGCUUGAAGACCGUCUCACUAGCAUGGAAACACAAAUAACACACACAGUUGUACAUUACGAAGAAACAGAUACAGGUGACUGUAAAAUGGAGAAAGAACAAGUGGAAGAACCUCCAGUACCAGAACCUGAAAGACCUGCUGUGUCAGCCCCUUUACUGGAAGCUGCUAUCAAAGCAGAGCCACGUGUGGAAGUAGAAGUUCUUCCUGAUGCUGCCCACGAUGCCCCUUCACGAUUGUAUCUCCCUAGCACAAGCCGCCAGAAUUUAGAGACUAUUGUAGAGGCAAUUCGACACUUGGAGGGUGAUCAUCUGUUUGGAGAGGUGGGUACUGAUGCUCCUCUAGCAUUGACAAAAAAAGUAGAGCGUGCACCGCCUCAGCGACCAGGAGUUAUAGUAGUGAAGCAUUCGUGAUUGCAUUAAACUAGUCUUGGACUUUCAACUCGUUAAAUCGAUUCUAUUUGAAGAGACCUCACCCUCCUCGAAUAUUUUUUAGUUGUAUAAAAUGUCUUUUCCAAAGUGACAAAUCGAUAAGUCUGUGUUUUGGUUAUAAUGCUUUGAAGUUAAGUUGAGUGAGAGAUUAAUGUUUGAUGCAUGAAGUGACGUAAGUCGAUUGGCGCUGUGCUUAGUUUAGUCUCAAAUUAAUUAUGUUAAACAAUUAUUAUUGAUUUACUCAGGUAUAUUACAGUUAUGAAUUGAUCAACGAUUGACUGAUUUUGAUAAGAAUAGGUGAAAAUGUCUUGUACCUAAUACAUGCCGCGUGCCAAUAUAAUUUCCUUUAAAGUCAUUUACAGAUUUAGUUUCUUCAUAUAAUAAAUACAUUUUUGUCUUGUGAUAGUCAAUGUUCUUUGGAAUGGAAUGUAAGGAGCAAUAAUGCUUAGUUUGAUGUUGAAGAGGUUGAUAGUAGUGAAACAGCAAUAAUUAAGGAAUACCUAAUUAUUUUGAAUAAAUUAAUUAAUAAGCUAGAUAUUACUAUAUGUGGGCAUGCGGCUAUUAUACAAGCUGUUAUUUUAAGUGUACAGGGGGGCCGCAAAUCUUUUUAACUAUUAGAGAAAGAGAAAUUUUGUUCUAUGAAAACAUACUGUCAGAGCAAAGUAAAAUGCAUUUAGAGAUUUUCCAGUUAUCCUAUGCACAGGUCAAGUCAAGUUAGUCAGGUUCGUGUUCAAUUUCCAACCACUAUAUGUAUAUAUUUAGUGACUUAGUUCAUCAGUAUCAUGACCAUAGUUCUUAGACAUAAUUUCUCUAAAGCUAAUAUUUUUGAAAUUUUGGCUCAUUGACACUUCCCAAAAUAAGAACAUACUGUACAUAUAAUUUCUUUAUAUUUUCAUUUAUGCUAGUUGUUUCUCAACCUAUAUUUGUCAGCAAAUAGUAAUAAUUUUACUGUUUAUACCCUGACAGCUUCUUUUCACCUACUUUUAGUGUAAAGAGUGACACCUGAUGGUAGAAAAAAUACUUUUUUAUAUUAAAAACUCCCACAUAUGUUAAUGAACAAUGCAUUACCUAAUAUCUUCUAAUCCAGUGUAGUAUAUUGUUAAAAAUUCCAGUGAUUUUAUAAUUGAUAUUGGUAAGUUAAUGUUAGUGGCAAUUGAUAUAUCUUUAGUAAUGCAUUCCAAGUGAUUCUGUUUUUCAGAAUGUGUGCGUACUCUCAUGACUUUGACUUUGUAUCAAUCAAGGCUUUGAGGGAUAUGAAGCUCUGACCACAAUUAAAGGAUUGAAAAUGUGAUAGAGAAAUUAAAGAAAUUAUGAAUAAGUUAUUUUAUGAAAAUUAAUUAACAUGCAAAUAUUCUGUUUGUUUGCGUUAUUCACACAGUAGGUACCUAUUUAAUAGUAAAGAACACUGACAACGUAAAUAUGAAUGUCAUACUUCAGUAUUUUUCCCCCACUGCAUGAAAAUCAAAUGAAAUUAUUCUGUACAACAUAAAUCAGAAGAUUGUUAGGUAAUACUUUCCUAUAUGGAGUUAAUCGCGAGAGUUGCACGCAAGUCUUAAUUUUUAGUACUGAACAUUUUUUCAAAAUAUCGUGUUGUCUAAUAUUAUGAAACUGCAGAGUUGGUAUAUGUAUGUUUAAACAUGCCUUCCAGUUCCAAAACAGUGGAAUAUGAAAAAUAUUUUUUUGAGUUCAUAUAGCCCUUUUAUUGAAGAAGGUUAUGUUAAAUCGUGAAGCACAGAGAGGUUUUGUUAUGUGUUGCGUGUAUCUCCUGUUGAUCAUGCAGUAGUCUGUGACCAACUUAUGAUUUGUAACAGUAUAUGAUAGAAUUUGUUAAAUAUAAAUAUUGCUGAUUUUAAUCAUAAUUGAAUAUUCUGACUUGGUUUAAUAGUUAGCCAUGUUAAUAGAAUAAUUGUAAAAAAAAUUAACAAAAUUCAUUUUGACUUAAUCUAAAGGGAAUCAAAUGCAAAUGAGAUGCGACAUUUGAUCAAGUUGAAUGCUAUAUGCAAAAAAUGUUUAAUGUAAACAGCUUUGUAGGCAGGCCUAUGCUGUUUCAGAAUCUUCAAAAUGAAGACAAAAACUAGGAUUCAAAUAUCAAGUAUAGCCUAAUAUAAUGAUAAUGAACCAAUCAUCAUCAAUAAAUACAUCUUAGAUUGAUGUGAAAAGCGUUUUUAUAGUUUUACUUUACUAGAUGUAGAGAUUGUCAGUUUCCCAGCUCACAACUUGGUGUAUAAAGUGAUUUUAUUGUUUGCUUAAUUGUGCUGACCCUUUUUGUUAAAAGAUUAACCAGCAGUGCUUUUUUGUUAAUAUCUUCUUAAGUUUGAAUGUAUUUUAAGUUAGACUCAGUAACAGAGUGAUGUACAAUGUAUUGUAUAAAAUAGUGCCGUGAUCCUGCGUAAAGGGUCAUAUGAAUUUAUUAAGACUGAUCAUUAAUUCAUUAUUAAGUUACGCUAGUUCGAGCCACAAUAUUGGUCGUAAUUGUGUGUUUGUGUGCGUUUUAAUUAUGUAGUUAUUUAUAUGUGUGUAUGAUAUUGUGAUACUGGUGUAUAUUAGACAAUUGACUGACAGUUUUAUGUGAGAUUCAUUUAUUUAACAUCUAGCAAUAACUGAGUCAAUCCUGAUAGUAAACAAAUUAAAUGUUAAAUUAUAUGUAGAAUCUCCCUAACUCUGUUAGUUCUAUGACAUAAGCUAUACGUUUAUGACUGUUGUAUGUAAUUUAUUUUUGCAUUUGUGUUUCUAACAUAAUACUACCUAGGAACCUCAACAAGUUUAUAAUAAUAAUAUUUAAUUGCAGAGUUCACUUCUUCGUACGGUAAUUUGUUUUGUAUACAAUAGUAUAUUUUAAUUAAACAUUAUAUCAACUUUAUUUUGACAUUUAUAAUUGCAUUCAUAGUUUUAGUAAUGAACUUUAUGAUAUACGCUGUUGCAAAAAAAAUCCGUAAAUGAUCAUAUUAUUUUAAUUCAUAUUCAAACAAGAUAUAACUUUACAACUUUUGGUAGGGUACAUUUGUCUCUAAAAGAUUCAGUGAAGAAGUGUUACGGUGUAAUGCCUGUAGAAACCGAUUAGGCGGUAUGACUACCAUACUCCAUAACACGGGUUACAAUCUUAGGUUGCAUCAUUACUUACCACCAGGUAAUACCUAUUGACAUUGAAUAAAGCUAUGAAGUUGUUUGAUUCAAUUUCUAUCUAAAAAUCUUUUCAAUUCAGUAUUCUACAACAAUUUUUAUACAAAAAUAUUAGUUUUGUAUAAAUGCCAGUAACGUUUUUCAGAUUUAAAACACUUUUUUUUAAAGAUAUUAAUCAAUUUUAAAAGAAUGAUGUGAUCGGAUUUAUUGCAACACUAUUAUUUUACUUACAUGGUUUAAUAUAAUUUUUAAAUAAAAUCCAAUUAUAUAUUAUUUCUUUUUUUAUUUAAAAUAUUGUGAUAAAAUUAGUGGAGAACUCUGCUGUUAAAUACUGAUGAUGACGUUUGGAACUGAAUUCACACUCUGUUUCUGAGUCCAUAGCUGUAAGGAGUUGUCUGCCUCCCGCCUUUUAUAUUAUGUCAGUAUAGGAUAAAACGAUGUAACAUAACGGACUUGGUUAUACUAUUAGUGUAGUCAAAAGUAUCUAGGUAAUAAGAGAUUUUAAGUCAAAGAAAGCAAGUUAAAUUGUUUAAAAUGUGUUAUUAUUUAUGUCUUAAAGUAUUAAAAUGGUUAUUUCUUAUUAAUUAGUUUGUAAAUGAUAAUCACCAGUAUAUUCAUUACAGCUUUCUUUCAAAUGUCUCUAAAACCAAUAAAGCAGCAUUUUAUCAUAUAAGCAUAAGUAUUUUAAAAUACCAUUUGAAAAUAUAUUAUGGUAAUAUCGGAAUUUCUUUGAAUUAGCAAUGUUUUAUUGGAUUUAUAGUCAAUGAUAAUAUCUUACUACCAUUUUCUACACUCUAUCUCAUUUAUUAAUUUUAUGUUAGUAUGGUAUGGAUAUAAUCACAAAAAUUUAAUCAAGAAUUCAUACAAUUUGCUCUGCAUUUUUAUAUUAGUUUUUUAAAGUAAAAUUAUUUUAAGAAGCUCAAAUUCAGUUGAUGAGUCUAUUAACUUAGGGAUGGGGUGAAAAUACAUUAUUAGUGUACAGUUUAUAAUCGAAAACCACCUGCUUUUUUACCAUAAACAAACUUUGUAAGUAGUUAUAGGCGAUUCGCGAACGAUAUCUUCACCUCAUUCCUAACAGACUCCAGUUCCUAUAUAUUAUAGAUAGUUAUGGUAAAAUAAUUUUUACAGCUCGUAAUUAGGAUAAUAAUGAUAAAGUGUAGAAAACGAUGUUUCCUUUUAUAUAAAGUUGGUAAAUAUUGUCUCUGAUUUUAAUUGUACCACAUUUGAACUACAUUUAUGAAUAUUUAUAAAAUAUUGAUA